UGGCUGCUGGAAAGAGGGGAAAGCAAACAAUUUCCAGGCCCGCCGCGUCCAGCCCGAAAUAUGGGGAAAAAAUUACAGAAAAAUCGGAGAACACUGUAAAGGGUGGAAACGGGGCGCAGAGGGGAUGCUGAGGCUCCCGCGACAACAUACACUUUGUGCUGAUGUGGACUUAGUUUGGCCCUGUUGGUUAGCUCUCAGCAGCUGGGAUGUCCACUGCUAAGAUCAGUGCAUCAUCUGAAGCUAUAAUGUUGGUGACAGCUCAUAGGGUCACUUGAUAUACUCAGCCAGCAUCAGAGCUCCAGCAGUAGUAGCAAUGGCCAUCUUGAAUAAAUACCAGCAAAAAUGGGAAGUACUGGAUUCUGGUUUCCUCCAAGAAGAGUCAGCGGAACUGGUUAAGACCAAAAUCUGAGGACUUUACUGGGCUACCAUCAGUCCCCUUUUGCUUUCUUUUACGACCACAUGAAACUUGAGAAGCCAUCUAAAGCUAAAUCAUUUAGUGGAGUUGGGCAAUUCCCAAGUGUCCAACAAGAAGGCCUGGUUUAGGCUGCGAUGGCCACUGUCAUCCCUGGUGAUUUGUCAGAAGUAAGAGAUACCCAGAAAGUCCCUUCAGGGAAACGUAAGCGUGGUGAAACCAAACCAAGAAAAAACUUUCCUUGCCAACUGUGUGACAAGGCCUUUAACAGUGUUGAGAAAUUAAAGGUUCACUCAUACUCUCACACAGGAGAGAGGCCCUACAAGUGCACACAACAAGACUGCACCAAGGCCUUUGUUUCUAAGUACAAAUUACUAAGGCAUAUGGCUACUCAUUCUCCUGAGAAAACCCACAAGUGUAAUUAUUGUGAGAAAAUGUUUCACCGAAAAGAUCACCUAAAGAAUCACCUACAUACACACAAUCCCAACAAAGAGGCCUUUAAGUGUGAAGAAUGUGGAAAGAACUACAAUACCAAGCUUGGGUUUAAGCGUCACCUGGCUUUGCAUGCUGCAACAAGCGGUGACCUCACCUGUAAGGUAUGUUUGCAGACAUUUGAAAGCACGGGAGUGCUGCUGGAGCACCUAAAAACUCAUGCAGGCAAGUCAUCGGGUGGAGUAAAGGAGAAAAAGCACCAGUGUGAACACUGUGAUCGUCGGUUCUACACCCGAAAGGAUGUCCGUAGACACAUGGUAGUGCACACUGGAAGAAAGGACUUCCUCUGUCAGUAUUGUGCACAGAGAUUCGGGCGGAAAGAUCACCUAACACGCCAUAUGAAGAAAAGUCACAACCAAGAACUUUUGAAGGUCAAAACAGAGCCAAUGGACCUUCUAGAUCCCUUUACCUGCAAUGUUUCUGUGCCUAUAAAGGAUGAGCUGCUUCCAGUGAUGUCUUUACCUUCCAGUGAGCUGACAUCAAAGCCAUUUACAAACACUUUGCAAUUGAAUCUCUACAACACUCAAAUUCAGUCCAUGCAGAGUUCUGCGUCUGCACACCAAAUGGUCACCACAUCAUUACCCUUGGGAAUGCCUUGUCCAAUAGAUAUGGAGUCUGUCCACCCAUCUCACCAGCUAUCUUUGAAAUAUCCACUCAGUUCUACCUCAUAUGCAAUUUCUAUGCCUGAAAAAGAACAGCCAUUGAAAGGGGAAAUUGAAAGUUACUUAAUGGAGUUGCAAAGUGGUAUACCUUCUUCAUCCCAGGAUUCUCAAGCAUCUUCAUCUAAAUUAGGGUUGGAUCCUCAAGUAGGGCCACUAGAUGAUGGAUCUGGGGAGGUUUCCCUUUCUAAAAGCUCUGUUUCCAUUAGUGAACCUCUAAAUACCCAACCGUUGGACUUUUCUCAGUUGUUCAGCUUCAUACCAGUAAAUGGCCCUCCCUAUAACCCUUCUGUUUCAGUGGGAAAUCUUGGAAUGAGUUAUACACAGGAGGAGGCACAUUCUUCAAUGGCUCAACUUCCACCACAAACACAGGAUCCUCACGAUCCUAGCAAUAGUAUAGGUCUUGGGUCCCUGCACUCAUUGUCAGCAGCUUUCGCAAGUAGUCUAAGCACAACCACCACCCUACCACGUUUUCAUCAAGCUUUCCAAUAGGAUGUACAAAGCUGGCUUAUUACUGUCUAUUUGUAGAAAUGCCUUAGGUAAUCAUUUUUAACUUAGUGCCUACUAUAAGACAUUACAAAUCCUCUGCUUUUGUACAGUACCAAUCUCAUGAAGCCAGUAAGACAUUUAAAUUAACUUUUACAUGUUUUGAAAGUGUUUUAUUCUCAACUGUGUUUACUUUGGUUUUUUAAAAAAGUCUCAAUGUAUUGUUUGAAUUUUCACUGCUAAUUGACACACUGAUAAAAAAAAUAGAAAGCAAUUCCUACUAAACUUUCACACACACCCCUUGUUUAAAACUUUUUUCAAAUGUAUCAGUCAUUCUGUUUUGCCAAGUAAAUGGUAGCUCGACCGUUUUACAUUUUGUGCAUUUUGUAAUAGAAUCCUAGGUUUUAAUUUUACACACAGCUUCCUGAAGAUCUUCAAAUGAACUAAAUGGUGGUAUCUUAUCUGGUCCAUAAUCUGAAAUAUUUUUUUUUAAAUUAGUAUAGAAUUCAAACUUCCUUGUUGGAAAUGUGUACAUACUUUUCAUUUUGACUUAAAGUCAUUAUGAAAGGUAUUAAGAACUUACUAUUUUCUGGCUUAAAUUGUUGCUCCCUGUAUCAAGAUUGGAUAAGAAGCAAUUUAACUUAAUUACUCAUCGACAAAAUUAUUCUUGCUUAAUUGGCCAAUGUGUCAAGUUAAAAUUGGAACUGUUGUGUUUUUUGUGACUCUGGUGAAGGGAAAAGAGGCAAAAUUAAUGGCUGACCCUGAAAUAUAGGAGUUUUGUAAUUUAGUAGUGCAGAAUGUUUUGUCACAAUUUUUUAUUUAAUUCUUAACUUGCUGUUUUUCUUUUGAGUAGUAUAGAAAAAGUACUGCAUAGGAGUCUUCAGAUUUUAUAUUCACAUCUGUAGGCAUCAGUCUUUCCCAGCUGCCACAGCCAAAGUGUGGGUCAAGUCCAGCCAGAAGUUUUAUAUCUAGUGUCAGUUCAAUGUGAGUCUGCAGUCAGAGAGUGAAUGUAAAUUUGCAGAUAUCAAUUUUCAUUUUUUAAAGUGGAGUGGAUCUUUUCAGUUGUGUGACGUGGUGUGUUAUGUCCUCCUAAGCGACAAGUUAAAUGUUAAUCACACUUACUACACCUGGGUACUUGGCUAGGGACUUUUUGCCCAUUGCCAAGGUUUAAAGACAGGACUCUUAGGAGUGAAGUAAAAGCAUAUUGCUUACACCACUUUUACCUAAUCUGAUAUACCCCUAAUAACCAAAAGAGAAAUAACUGUGAUGUGUAAAUGCAAGCUAGAUUUGCUUUAACGCAAUACUAAUAUUCAUUUUCCUUGUCAUUUUUGGAUAAGGAAUUAAAAAAUAAAAAUGAAAUACAUUAGUAUCACUCAGUAGUGAGGAUGCAUACAAGGUUUUAAGUGGUUAAAAUAAAUAUACUUCACAGAAACAAAAGUUGCUCCCAUUGAAGGAGCUUUUGCUCCCAGUAUUUUAUCAUUAGCUCCUACUUUUUUUUUCUCUAGGAGCAAUAUGCAGGUGUAGUUUUACUAUUUUAUACUUAUAUGUAUUUAAAUUUUAUUACUGAAAGAUAAUGUUUUUAUAAAUGUGUUUGUGUUCCAAAGGCAUUAAAAUAAGGAUGUAUUAAUAAGGAUAAUACCUUUUCAAAUUCUGCAAACUACUCCUAGAUGUUGAGUUUAGGAGCAUAUUAUCUCAAAGUGGACUUUAGCUCUGCUUCAUGACUGCUUCCUUUAGUUUCUAUGAAACAGAUUGCUUACCUACAUCUUUAGUUGAAUGAUGUGUUCAGUAUUGCUUCCUCCUCCCUCCACCCCAAGCAUUUUAAGGAAAGAAAAACAUUGUGUGAAAAGAGCACAAAAUAAACAGAACAGAAACACUUUAAUACUAGUUUAAACCAGCAAGCAUAAGAUAAAAAGCAAGUGGAAAGAAGUUACUUUAUUCUGGAUCUUGUUUAACCAGUUUGAGCUGAAGAUAAAUGGAUUCCAUUCCCUUAAUGGGCCAUAUUGUAUGUGGAACUGAGCAUCUUCAACUUCUGAAAAGUUUUGGGUGCACAGAAUCUCACAGAAUCAUACCCUUCAUAGCCACAUUUGUCACCCAGAAAAGGCGAUUCGAGACAGACAAUUCCAUUAGGUUGUGUUUGUCAAUAUACGCAGCUGUUGGAAAAUGAAUAUGCAUAUCACCAAUUUCAGAACUACAGUGAAUUGUUAGUCUGGCAGCAGGGAAGGCCACUUGUUAGUGUUGCAAAUUAGUUUAAUCUUAACUGCCAACACAGAACAUUCUGACAGACCUAUCCCAUUACUUAAGGGGAUGGAAGUGGUGUGUAUCUAGCAUUUAGAAAAAGUGCCAUUUGUUUAUCAGUUUUAGUUCUGAUUAGACUUGAUUGAAAUUUUUUUUUUUGCCAGCAUCCUUUUUCUUAGUAUAUAACCAGAAUCUUUACUACUAAUGGUAGUGCCUUAGCUUUGUAAAAAGGGAUUGACAUUUCACUUCAGAAAUAGGGACCUCAGACAAGAUAUUGAACCUCAUUCAGUCAGGGCUUCAGUUGGUGGCUACAUGAUGUAUGUUUGCUACUGAACUAGGAUGUAUGAAUAUGUGGAAGCAGAUUGACACUGUAAGCAAUAUUAACACAUUAGUGCUUUAGAGUAUAUUUUAGGCAGAAUUAUUAUUGGCCACUAUUAAAAUGUCAGUUUUUAAACCCUACUUUCUUGUU